CGCCAUAAAUUUGAUUUUGUGUUAUAAAAAUUUUCCGCGCCAUCUUGCCAAGCGUGUAUAGGUAGCUGGAAAAAUGGUCAUAAAUUAAUGUUACGUAUACGCAGCGAAUGCCAGAGAAUUCUUUUCUUUUCUUGCCUGGGAUUUUCCAAGCUCUGCAACCGCCAUCCGCUUACGAAAUUUCCCACAAAGGCUAUUUAUAAAAGGUAUUUACACUAGAUUUGGAUGUUUUCCUUGCCGCUAUUCUCCUCUUUUUGCUUUGAGAGCGAGGAAGAACAACAGAAAACAGCUGUUUGCUCAAUGGCGCCCGAUAGUAAAAUGCACAAACAAACAAACAAACAACGGAGAAUAGGAGAGAAAAAAGAAAGCAAAAAUAAAUCAGAAAAUAGAAUAGAGAAGAGCAGAGCAAAAACCCCAUGAAAAAGCUUCAUUGCAAAGCUUGCACGCGCCAGGUUUUUCGAUCGCUCUUUGGUUUUAUUUUUGUUUUUUUUUUUGUGUAUUUCGCGGGAGCUUUCAUUGAGAAAGAGGGGGCCUACGGAAUGAAACCGGCCUGUACGCCGGAAAAUAUCUGAGAACCCCGAACGCAUCCGAACGCUCCGCACGUCAAAAAUCCGUUCGAGAAAUCUGACUCCCGGCGAAUACUUCAAUUUUCUUCGCUUCGAAAAUGAUCGAGAAUAUCGCGCGGGAUGCUUAAUGAUUUUGUUCAACCCUCGUAAAGAAAAAAAAAAAAAAUUAUUAAAAUUAAUUUGUCGAUUUUAUACAAAAAACACAGAGAGCCAGCGAAAGAUGUGAACUGAAAAUUUAAAUGUUAAAUGUGCUGCAAAUUAAAUUCAAGUGCUGCCGGCGUCGCUGCUCGGGCGACAGCAAAUUGCAGAUCGCAAUAAAUUAAAACAAUAAAAGGCAGCACGUCAGGGCACAGAGGAGAGUGUAUAAAAAAAUACAAAAAUUAAGCAAGACAAAAGCAAAAAACGAGAGAGACUGAAAUCUACAUAAAUGAUGUCGUUCUCGGUGCCAAAAAAGCGAGUGAACAAACAAAAAUUCAAAUAAAAAACAUCAACAAAAUAGUAAUAAAAUUAAGGCCUUAUAACGAUCAGCCUGUGUAAAUCGAACAAAAUAAAAAUAAUAAAAACCAAAAACAUAAACUGAACGAAGGGAGAGAGUCGCGAAAAUAUAGUGUGAAAAAUGGUUGGCAAAGUCUUGGGCAUCAAAGACUUGGAGCAGUUCAGUAGCCGGCGCAGCAGUGUCUACGUCGAUCCCGAGUGCGACAAGUUCUUCGAGCUGCCGCUCUUCAUUGCGGCCAGCUCGAACGACAUCACCACCAAAUGCCAGUGCUUCCAGUUCAGUCCAGGCAAAGAGCCGGCACUGCGCUCCUACACCGAGAUCCAACAGCUGUUGCAACAGGGCAAGAAACGUGACGUGAAGAACAUACUCAGGGAGAACUCGUGGCCCAUCAACUCCCCGAUCCGAUCCCAGCUAUGGCCGAUGCUGUGUGCCCAGCACCAGACCAAACAGCAAAUGCUGGAUGGCUUCUACUGGGAGAUGGUACAUCAGGUCUUUGGCACCACGGAGCUGUCGGAGAAGCCCAUCAUGCUGCCCGCCUUUGUGGAUGCCACACACUGUUUGCCGUAUCACUUGACCAGCACGGGAAGGGCCGUGGCUGAUCGGAUCGUGAAUGUCUUGGGCUACGACUGCCCCGAUAUUACCUACAGUCCAGUAUUGUAUCCAAUUACAUCGAUACUUUUGCAUUUCAUGUCGGAGGAGGAGGCGUACAUAUGUUUGGCUGGUCUGGUGGGCAGCAAGGAGAAGGUAUUCAUCAAUCAAACCAAACUACAGCACGAGGUCACCUGGAAGACGGUGAUGCAGAUAGCCAAAAAGCACACGAAAAGUGCAACUUCGUAUUUCCAACGUAUUUGCCCGGGCCUGAAGCUAGAGCGCAUCUUCAUGGACUGGUGCUGGUGGAUUCUAGCGGGUCUACCCUUCCAGCAUCUGGUGCGGAUCAUGGACUGCUACUUCCACGAGGGCAUCAAGGUUCUGUACCGCGUCGCCCUCGUCAUACUCAACCUGUUUCACAAGGAGUGCCAGUCGAACAACGAAUGGAGUCCGGAUAAUAUUAAAAAUGACAUUGGCAAUGCGCUGAUCAAGUUCUGCAAGAAGAUACCAGUGUCACCGGCGAAGCUGCUCCAUGCCGCGUUUAGUAUUAGGGGACUGAGUACCCAGUAUAUUUCUAGAAUAUUUAUCAAGACUGAAAUGCUGCUAAAAAGCCGUUCCGUGCUCACCAGCGGUUCGAAGCAAUUAAUCAAAUCGCGUUCAAGUGAUAAUCUGCCCACUAGUCAGUCGCAGGUCAACAUCCAAAUGAUGUCGCACACCUUGACCAUCCGAGAGAAGCUGCACUCCGAGAGCUGUCGCAAUUUGGGCGAAAAGUCGCCCGGUCAUAGAGCCAUCGCGAUGGGCGUUUAUCCCAUACACAAUCUGAAAAGUCAAGCUUGUAAGAACGAAGAUCAUUUUGGUUUGCCGGGCACAAAGAAUUUCAUAAAAACCUGGACGGAUAGACAAUUUCUGUUCACGCUGUGGUCCUGGCUACCCGUGCGGAUAACAAUGUACCAACCGGUGCUGCUCUACACCACGGAGGAGCACGGCUGCUCGUUGACCACGUUCUACGUCCGGGUGGAGCAGCACGAACCGACGCUGCUCAUGAUCAAGACGUGCAAUAAUGAGGUAUUUGGUGCCUACUGCUCCUCCCGCUGGUUUGAAAGAAAUGUAAAGGAUGACAAGGGCCAGCGACAGGCCUACUUUGGCACCGGCGAAACCUUUUUGUUCUCCCUAUAUCCAGAGCGAGCCAAGUACCCAUGGGUGGGCAUUGAGGGCGACAAGGAUCUGGGACACAGUUCCGAGCUGUUUAUGGCGGCCGACUCCAAAAUGAUAACCAUUGGUGGCGGUGAGGGUCAGGCCAUCUGGAUGGAUGAGAACAUACGUUUUGGCAAGACGGAUAGCUGCAAGACCUUUAACAAUCCCCCGCUGUGUCCGUCGGGCGACUUCGAGAUCCGGGUGCUGGAGGUCUACGGCUUCGUGGGCAUCUAAAAAGCAAAAGGAAAAAAGAAACUCCUCCCCAGUCUGACCGAUAUUGCCCGCCGAUGAUCAAGUGCUCAGCAAACCUGCUCGACCUUCCCCCCGCGUUUCCUACACCCACUCAAAAAACACCUACAGAUUGCUUUCGUUUCCGCCCAUUAUUGGCGGACGCUGAUGAUGAUACCAAGAUGAGAAAAUGUGUAAACAUUUAUAAAAACUUAUUUAUAAAUAUGUAUCGAAAGUGGCCAAGCAGCAGCCAAUGCCGCCGUCGUCGUGUUAAUGUUAAAUGUUAAUGAAAAAAAUGCUAAGAUGCAAGAAACUAAAACAAAUUAUAUAUUAUAUAAUGGAAAUACUCUGUGAGUUAAUGUUUCAAAACGCAAAGCUUUGAAAUUACAAUACCCUAGUUGUUAUAACCCCUUUACAUAUAUAUAUAUAUACAUGAUAUCUAUACAAGCAUAUAUACAUAAUGAACUAUUAUAAAGUGUAUAUCUAACUGUACAACGUAUUUCUAUAGCCAUGUACCGCAGCAAAGAAAAAAUAUUCCUUAAAAAAUUGAAAGAAGAAAGCAGAAAACAGAAAACAACACCAGAAAACAUGGGCUGCAACACACUUCAUUAUUGUUUAUUAGCGUUAUUAUUAUUUCAUUUAGUUUAUAAAUAUUGUAUUUUUUUCUUUCUGUAAACCAAAUUUACUGACUUGACUGAAUUCGUUAUUAAUGUUAUUAAUAUUAUUAUUGCUACGUGUAUAGAAAGUGUAACUUGUAAAUUUGAAGAAGAAAACAACCGAAUGUUUCUGAAAGUUGUUUCCCAUUUGGUCGCAAAAUAUAUAGUUAAAGCAAAA